AUGUCUGAAGAUACUUCCACACCUGGCGUGGUGACACCGGUGUCCCCCGUCACUCCCAAGAUGAGCGGGCUCGCCUUGACCGAGUAUACCGCCGCUCCGACGCCCCCCUCCGAACGCGCAAACCAAACACCCGGAUUACCUCCCAACUGGGGAAUUCCUGAAGCUUUCCUACUCCCCAAUGGCUACCCGGACUACCUGCGAUUGAUCCUGACCUCACGGGUUUACGAUGUUAUUGAAGAGACCCCCCUAACCCAUGCGGUCAACUUGAGUAACCGGCUGGAAAGCCGUGUCAUGCUCAAGCGGGAGGACCUGCUUCCCGUGUUUAGUUUCAAGCUCCGUGGCGCAUACAACAAGAUGGCUCACUUGAACAACGAGCAACGGUGGAAGGGUGUGAUUGCUUGCUCUGCAGGAAACCACGCUCAGGGCGUGGCUUUCUCGGCCCGCAAGCUUAGAAUCCCUGCGACUAUUGUUAUGCCGUCCGGCACCCCGGCCAUUAAACACCUGAACGUCGCCCGCCUGGGAGGAAGCGUCGUUCUCCACGGACAAGACUUCGAUUCCGCCAAGGAAGAGGCCCACCGAUUGGAGAAGCAGCACGGUCUCACCAAUAUCCCGCCAUUCGAUGACCCAUAUGUCAUUGCUGGUCAAGGUACUAUUGGUAUGGAGCUUUUGCGCCAAGCGAACCUGGAUAAGCUGGAAGCCGUAUUCUGCGCUGUCGGCGGUGGUGGUCUCAUUGCUGGAGUCGGUGUAUACCUUAAGCGCAUUGCUCCUCAAGUCAAGGUCAUUGGAGUGGAGGCAUACGAUGCGAACGCCAUGACCCAAUCCUUGGACAGCGGUAACCGAGUCUUCCUCAAGGAAGUCGGUCUCUUCGCGGAUGGUGCCGCAGUGAAGACUGUUGGUGAAGAAACAUGGCGUCUUAGUCGCGAUGUCAUCGACGAUGUCAUCCAGGUCUCCACCGAUGAGACUUGCGCGGCAAUCAAGGAUGCCUUUGAAGAUACUCGUUCCAUUGUCGAGCCUGCUGGUGCCCUUGCCCUUGCCGGUCUCAAGAAGUACAUCGCCAAGAACCCCAGCCCUGAUCCCAACCGCGAAUUGAUUGCCGUCACUUCUGGUGCCAACAUGGACUUUGACCGUCUCCGAUUCGUUGCCGAGCGCGCCGCUCUCGGCGAGAAGAAGGAGGCUCUUCUGUCCAUCAACAUCCCCGAGAAGCCUGGCGCCUUUGCCAAGCUUGUUGAGGUCGUGCUCCCCCACGCUGUCACUGCGUUUAACUACCGCUACGCUCGCGAAGAUUCCGCAGAUGUGCUGAUGGGCAUUUCCCUCUCCGCCUCCACUGGCCGCGAGGACCUGGCCAAGAUCAUGGAGGAGCUUCAAAAAGAAGGUAUGGCCUGUCGGGACCUGAGUGACGAUGAGCUCGCCAAGCGUCACCUGCGCUUCCUGGUUGGUGGUCGCUGUGAUGUCGCUCAUGAGCGCAUCUUCAUGUUCGAGUUCCCCGAGCGCCCCGGUGCUCUGGCUAAGUUCCUCACCACCCUUCGCCCCAACCAAAAUAUCUCCCUCUUCCACUACCGUAACUACGGCGGUGAUGUUGGCAAGGUUCUGGCUGGAAUCCAGUGCCCACCAUCCGAGAAGGACGAUUUGGAGCACUUCCUCCAGGACCUGGGCUAUCCCUUCAGCGAGCACACCGAUUCCCCCACUUACAAGACUUUCUUGCGCUCAGAGUAA